CACACUAGACUGGGAGCAGUCAAGAGAAAGUUCCCGGGAGCCCUUCAAAGUAGAAAGUUAGCGGGGCUGGCGGCAGGGGUGUGCCUGGUCGCUGUCACCGGCUGGCUCCGGGAUUGUGGAGCACCUGCUUCUGAGAGGACGCGGAGGACGCCUGUGGAACCUGCCCGCCAUCCCUUACCUGCUUCCCUUCUCCGUAGACCCAUCCUCUGCUGCGAGAAGCUGACUUCACUCAGGCACCAGGUGCGCUUCCAAGAGAUCAUGGCCCACGUCGGGGACUGCAAGUGGAUGUCCUGGCUCCCGGUGCUGGUGGUGUCUCUGAUGUGCUCAGCCAAGGCAGAGGACUCCAACUGUGGUGAGAAUGAAUACCACAAUCAGACAACUGGGCUGUGUCACCAGUGUCCUCCCUGCAGGCCAGGCGAGGAGCCCUACAUGUCCUGUGGCUAUGGCACCAAAGACGAGGACUAUGGCUGUGUGCCCUGCCCUGCAGAGAAGUUCUCCAAAGGAGGCUACCAGAUAUGCAGGCGCCACAAGGACUGCGAGGGCUUCUUCCGGGCCACCGUGCUGACACCAGGGGACAUGGAGAACGACGCUGAGUGUGGCCCGUGUCUCCCUGGCUACUACAUGCUGGAGAACAGACCCAGGAACAUCUACGGCAUGGUCUGCUACUCGUGCCUCCUGGCACCUCCCAACACCAAGGAAUGUGUGGGAGCCACUUCCGGGGUUUCUGCUCACUCCUCCAGCACUUCUGGUGGCAGCACCUCGUCCCCCUUCCAGCAUGCUCACAAAGAGCUCUCAAGCCAAGGACACCUGGCCACCGCCUUGAUUAUUGCCAUGUCUACCAUCUUUAUCAUGGCCAUUGCCAUCGUCCUCAUCAUCAUGUUCUACAUCGUGAAGACUAAGCCUUCAGCUCCAGCAGCCUGCUGUACCAGUCCCCCAGGAAAGAACGCAGAAACCCCAGUUAGCACACAUGAGGAGAAGAAGGAGGCCCCAGACAGUGUGGUGACUUUCCCUGAGAAUGGUGAAUUCCAGAAGUUGACAGCAACACCCACAAAGACGCCCAAGAGUGAGAACGAUGCCUCCUCUGAGAACGAGCAGUUGCUGAGUCGCAGUGUGGACAGUGAUGAGGAGCCAGCCCCAGACAAGCAGGGGUCCCCAGAGCUAUGCCUGCUGUCACUGGUUCACCUGGCCAGGGAGAAGUCUGCAGCCAGUAACAAGUCUGCUGGGAUCCAAAGCCGAAGGAAAAAGAUCUUGGAUGUGUAUGCCAACGUGUGUGGUGUUGUUGAAGGUCUCAGCCCCACAGAGCUGCCAUUUGACUGCCUUGAGAAGACAAGCCGAAUGCUCAGCUCCACGUACAACUCUGAGAAAGCGGUCGUGAAAACAUGGCGCCACCUUGCCGAGAGCUUUGGACUGAAGAGGGAUGAGAUUGGGGGUAUGACCGAUGGCAUGCAGCUUUUUGACCGAAUCAGCACUGCGGGCUACAGCAUCCCAGAGCUGCUCACCAAGCUGGUGCAGAUAGAGCGGCUGGACGCUGUGGAGUCCUUGUGUGCAGACAUACUGGAGUGGGCCGGGGUUGUGCCACCUGCCUCCCCACCCCAAGCUGCAUCCUGAGGAGUGUGCCUUGGGCUGUCCUCCCUGGGACCAGCUGGGGAUCCAAUGAGGCCACUGCAGCUGUGGAUGAUGCCAUCAGACUGCCAAAACUCAAGGCUUAUGCUGGUGGGUCACUGUCUUCUUUGGGCUGCACUAAGAGCCCUUCGAGCUCAGAUGAACCAAACCAUGCGGGGAUGACACAGGUGAAGGAUUUGAUCCUGUCUUUUGAGGAGGCACUCGGGAGCCAGAGGGCAUGGUACAGACCGUGUCACCAGAGCAUCACACAGGCUAAAUGAAGGGAUGCUAGGAAAACAUAGCAAAAGUUCUAAGAAGGGUGAUGGCAUCUCUCAUGGAGUUAAAAAUGGGGGCAUCCGAAUGAAGAAAAUAGCUUGAAGGUUUUAGUAAAAUGAUUACAGCAUACAGACAUCCCACUUCCUGCAUUGUUUCAGACUGAGCAGUUUGUUGGUGUAUGGAAGUCAGAGGUAACUUGACCUGUGUUUGCAGUCACUGACACACAAGGCAUGUCUGCCCAGUGAAAAAUGUGGACAGAUAUGGCCUCCAGCGCCACUUCCAGACACAACAGCUACAAUGUGUCAGGCUGGCUUUGCUUCAUAUUAGGUGUGUGUUCUCUCUAGAUAGGGAAAUGAUGACUAAGAGUUUGACCAUGCCUGAGUCUAGAUUUCAGGAGUAGCCAAGAUUCAUGGAUAAGGCUUUGUGAGUUCAAGCACAGCAUCCUGCCCAGUGAGGUAUGGUAGAGCCUGAGGUACAGUACAGAGCUGGGGCCUGGAGUCCUGGGGGAGUCAUCCAAGGUGGCUGUUGUCUCUUCCCCUAGAUUUAGCUUCUCUUCUGCAAAUGAGAGGUUGGUCUUCAUGUCUGUAGCAAGGAGAGUCAAGGGUCAGGUAAGCAAAAGAAAAUGGAGGCAAGAAAGGAGAGGCCACAGGAGCCUCCAUGUGGUAGAUACAGUGUGGGCAGCCACACAAAAAGGGAGUAAAAGGGAAACUCACAGCUGCAAUUCUCAUGUAAGGGCAACUGUAGUGUUGACAGCAUUUACAGAGCUAAUAAACGGGCAUUGUUCUUGGCAGAUUCUCUUACUACACCUGAAACUGCCAAGAAAUGGGAAGCCAAGGGAGCUUUCCCGCCAGGGGGUUAAUUCAGAGCUGGCUGCUGCACUCCCUUCUGAAGCACUGGCUGUAGUGAUUGUUAAAUUACAGUAAAGCCUCUGGUUUAGAAGGCUGCGGACUUUUUAAAUUACAAGUCAUAUGACUGAACAAAAGCCUUUUGGGGAAAUCAGUUGUGUGUUUAAAACCAUCAAGCAAUUUCCCACCACUGAAUAUAGACCAUACUGUGAGAGGACCAUAAUAGGUCCUGGAUAUGUAAUAUGAUCAUUUUACUGUGUCUGUUUGUGCUGGUGUUUUAGAAGGUACUUGCUAUAUCCCGCAAGUUAAAUGGUCUGCUUAAUUACCCUUUUAAUUCUUCCUUGAGAGCCUGUGGCUCCUUACCCCUCAGUAAUGAUGUUGAGCUUGCCCUUAAUUGGACUGUAAACGUCAUCUGUGAUGAGUGAGCAGGUCUAGGAUAGCAGGCUCCUCUCCAGCUGUCACUCUGGCGAAGAAUGCAGCUGCAGUCAGCAGUGUAGGCUGGCCUCUGUUCGCCCUAUUAGAUUUCAAGGCUUGAGGGCAGCCAGCAUCCAGAUCAUUUCAUCGACUCCCAGCUUGCUGGUUUAGGGAAGCUAGUCCUUUGUCGUUUAUUUCGACAAUAAAUCCAGGAAGGGUUUGUUUCAAUGAGCUUUGCCUGUGCUGUAGAAUUCCCAACCAACAAUGCCAUGAUUCUUACUGACCAAUGCUCGAUAAAAUUCUAUGCUGCCAUUUUUGUCUGGAGACUGUCAUUAUUUUUCAGAAAAGGUAUUUAGUACACACCCAGGCUAGGUCUGAGGUCCUUAGACAGUAAAGUUUUAAUUGUGAAUAUUUUAUAUAAUUCUGUUUAUAUAAUUUAUUAUAUUUUUAUAAGCUCAAUAAACAUGUUAAUAAAAAGAAGACGUACAGACUGGCACCGUGUGAACCCUUAUUGAGUGCUGCAGUGGGAGUGGAGAAAUGAGUACUCCUGGUCAUUGUACUGUGUAUGAUGAGACUACGGAAUUGUGGCCAUCCAUGAAUGAACAAUCUAAAAUGUUAGAGCAUGGAGGUGCUCGCGAACAGCGACAGGCAUAUAUGGGGAACAUGCAAAAACAUGGAACACUCUUUUCCAUGUCGCCACCAUUAGUUAUAAACAGUGUUACCAACCCCAAAUUACUAUGUCUUAGAACAUAGUCAUUUCUCACUGUAGCUUUUGAGUUAGUAAGGACCAGCGGAGUCUACUUGACUGGGCUGUGUUCAGGCCUCUACCUGCUAGACAACCUUGACUAGGGCAGCUCUGUUCCAUCAUCCUUUAUCCUCCUCCACAAACCCGCUGGAGAGCCUGAGCUGGCAUGAUGCUCAUCAUGGCAAUGCCAGAAGCCAGGAAGGAGAAUGGAGGCCAUCUGAGGGUUUGGGUUUAGAACUGACCUCCUGUCAUUUCUGGCUCAUCCUAUCGACAAAGCAAACCAAGUGGCCAGACCCAGAGGCAAGAGUAAGAAAGGAGACCACCCCAGUGCACUAAGGUGGGAACAAAUAACAAGCGCCAUGGGGAGUAAGACAGUGUGUUAAUCGGCCACCAGUGCUGAAGAGCAGCAAGCAUCAUCUUAGUAUCCAGAGAAUUGGAGAACUGCUGAACGCAAGGGAACAAAACUUAUCUGGUGUCUGAAUGGUUUGUUUCCCUUAGAAGCUGUUUAACUUUUAAAUGUGGAGAUAAGAAGGUGAAAAUGGGAAGAGAGGACUAAACCUAUGUGACUGAACAUGAACAUCAAACAUCCUGGAAAAACCUCUCGGUUCCAAGGAGAGGGCUGCUGGUGCUCCUGUGUGCAUCUUCUGUUGUGCGUGAUUCAAGAGACCCCAAAAGACCACUAGGAGUCCGUUGCAAAUCACAUGAGGAUCUUUAUUCAAGCUUAAGCUAGGGCUGCCAAUCUUCCCUGACAUAGCAGGUCACAAAGUGAGGCCCCGAGUCUCACGGGGACAGAAUUUUUAAAAGGAAAAAUGGCAAGAGGGGGAAUUCCAAGCCUUAGAGUUACAGAGAAGGGUAAGUUUUGGGUAGGGGGAUUCAGCAAUCGAGAUGACCUUUAGGCUAACUGUUCCAAGCCACCUGGCCAAACUGACAGAUAUCUAAGAUAUCUGUAUGAUAACCUGUUGGCUGGAGUGGAGGACCCACUAACACAUUCAUAUACAUUCUGUGGUAUCCAUGACAGCCUGCAGGGUGGAGGGCCAUGUGGCCCUUCUUGGAACCCAAAUGUGGGGUCAAGUCACUCCAAGGUCAGUCAAUUUAAGGUAGAGUCUGAGAAACAAAAUGGAGCCACCCCUGCCACCCUCAGUUCCUCCACUUUCCAUCACUGGCACGGCUUACCUUUUGAUUAGGAACAGUCCUCUUCUGACAGCAAUGGUGAGCUUCUUCUCUAUGCCUCAGUUUCUUCUUUGCACACACACAGUAAUAAUAUGUUUUUUGGGGGACUGUGAUUAUAGUGAACAUUUAUUAUUACACAGCACUUCCCCUGGCAGGUAAUAAUAAAUAAUAAAUGUUCACUAUAAUCACAGCAUUAUUAGCCAUCUUUCAGGCUACGGAAACUAAUAAGCUUACUGCAAAGUUUUCUAAGUAGGAUUUGGUUAACAAAUAUUAUUGAAUGACUUGCUACAAUCACUACCAGGAGCAUUAGUCUCUGUGUAGGAUACAAGGAAAGAGGAAGUCCGCUUGACUCUUGGCACACAGAUUCUUAACUCCCUGAGAAGUUGCAGCCUUUUCACAGAAGACUCUCUGUCUCCAUACCCUGUAGGCCCUAGGUCAUGUCAUCCACUGCAUGAAAGGUACAAGACUCCUACUUUGGUCUUUAAGUCCAUUUUCCAAAUGCCAGAGACAAUUGCUGUGAACUAACCUGACCUCUAAGAACAAACCAAGCAUCCUAUGGUUCAUUUGCAAUUCAAAAUUCAGUGUACAGCAUGGAUAAAAGAGUCCUUCAAAGUUGCAGUACACCAAACAAAUGUACUUAUAUAUUCCAGAAUUCAAGUUCAAGCUGCCAUUAGCUUAAAACCUAAAGGUCAGUGCCAUGGUGUGUGAAUGUAUCUUUAACUUUAUUUGUACCUUAUACGGUCCUUCUUCAGGAAGGGGCACUUUACACAAUCAAGACAUGCCACAAUCAAUAUGGGCAGGGUAGUUCAUUGAGUAGGGAUGAGUCUAGGAAGACCUGGUCUUCAGAUAAGAAGGAAGCACACAGACCCAGGGAUGGAAGAGGCAGGUGUGCCACUCCACCUGCUCCCUUAACAUCUCAUCAUCUCAAGGUUACUAGGUCUUACUCAGAUAACCUGUAUUGUGUAAUCCAAAUGCUGAUUUUUAUAAACACCCCUCUCUCUCACUCUCCCCCCCCAUCUGGUUGCAAACUUUAUUCCAAGAAGCUCCUGUCUCAAUGUUGUGUAAACACUAUUCCUCAAUUGUCCCCUGAUAAUGCCAAUAAAACAGCUUACGCCCAAUCACUGAGCAGGAGAGAGAAAAGGGCUGGACUUCCUGCCAGUCAGGGGUAAGAGGAGUUGGAGGAAGAAGUAGGGGAUUCAGCUAUGGGCUGAUAUCCAGGAAGCUCAGCAGGGGAAGACACAAAGUGCAAGUACCUCUGAGCUAUGGGCUGGGAGGAGCCAGAUUAACUUAGAGGGCUAAGAAUAGAGUUAAUACUACUUAGGACUGUGCUGUAAAGCUUGUUAAAAUAAUGUAAUAGAGUCUCAAUUAGUUGGGUGAUAGCUAGGUUAAAAGAGAAACUAAGAGAAACAGUUUUAUAAAAAUAACUGUAAUACCACCCCACUGUUACCGCUCCGUAUUUGUUUUAUUAAAUAGGGGAAUUUAUCAAUAUAACAGAACACGGACCUGUUCUGACUCCUGAGGGACUGUACUUGCAGGCAUGGCUG